AAUGUCCUCCUCGGCUCAGCAAACGCCAGGCACGGGCAUUGUUGAAACAGCGUGCUGACCCGCGGGGAGGAGGGUCUUGCAGGGGGAUUUUAUUGGAAGUGAGCGGAAUCCUCUGCCGAUUGAGUUGCAGUGGGAACCACCUUGCGGGCAUUGGGAGUGAGCCCUGAGUUCAUGAGAGUGGAAACCCGGCAUUGGGACACCGUGUGUCAGACAUUGGAAGAGGGACCAUGGCCGAACCAGAUUAUAUAGACGAUGAAGAAUGUGCGGAACUCAUCAAGCCCAGAAAGCUGAUCAAUCCUGUCAAGUCAUCGAAAAAUCAUCAGGAGCUUCACAGAGAGUUAAUCAUCAACCAGAAACGAGGCAUCGCUCCUCAGAACAAGCCCGAGCUCCAGAGAGUGAUGGAACAACGCAAGAGGGACCAAGUGGUGAAGCAGAGGAAGGAGGCGGAGGCUCUGAAGAAAUCCGAUCUGGAGCAGGAGUUGAUAAAACGACAGCAGAGGCUGGACCAGAUUGAACAGGAACGACUGGACGCCAAAGAGAGGCGCGAAAAUGCGCCGGAGUUCGUCAAGAUGAAAGACAACCUGCGGCGGACGCGGCAGGAGGAGAGCGCGGACGUGCAGGUGUCCUAGAGGAGGGCGCGGCCGCGGGAUUCCCGGAGCGGUUCCCCGGGGGACCGUCUCCAUGGCGGCAGCUUGACAACGGACCCAGGCAGCUCGAGCUUCCCAGCACGUGCUUCCCCCUACCUCACUGCCCUCUCCCCCUCACCCUGCCCCAGCACGCCUCCCACUGUGA